CGCUCCGAGAGAUCGAGCUACCCGGUACGAGGUACGGUGUCGGGCAAUUGCGAGCCUAUCCGUCUGUCGAUGCCCUCGUCGGCCCGAGGAGAAAUCAAGGAGGACGGCAAAGGAGGGCCUUCUCUCAUCUGUACGUACGUACACCUUUUAAAAGAAGGGAGGGAAGGGCAGGGCGGGCGAGGGAGGAGGAGGAGGUGGAGGUGGUGGAAGUUCUUGUGAUUGGCAGUCGUCGUCUUCGUUGUCGUCGUCGUCGUCUUCGUGGGGACACCCUUUCUCUUACGGUCACGUGCACUCUGUCCAAAAUCUCUGUGUCUCUCUCGACUUCUUGGUCCUGAGCUCCAGGUGGUGUCAGGUUUCCACCGGAUUUCCUCCCGAUUUGUGUCCCUUGGGUGGUUGGGUCAGGGCGGGUCGGGUUGGCUCUGAUAAUGGCAGUGGUGACAUGCUCGGGCGGUGUCGUCGUUGCUCGUACCCGGUCCGGUUGUGAAUCUCAUACGCCUUAUGCCACCCGAGACUGCAGCAGCACCCGACCUUCUUCAUCAUCCUCGUCUUCGCCUCUGCUUGCUUUCCCUUGAAGCUCCUUGUCGCACCGCACCGCACCCAUCUUGAUUUCCACCCAUCGCUCCGCCUGUCUGUCUGCCCUAGUCUCGUUCGCCUCCGUUGCGGAGUUGAUCAGCUGCUGCUGCUGUUGUUGUCCCCCCUGCGGCUACGUUCCUUCAUCUGUUGCACCCUCCGUCGCCGCUGUUCUCAGAGAAUCUUCUGCUCCGCGCAGUUGUUGUAUUAUUUCCUUGUGCCGACUGGUGCUUUUGGCAUGCGGAGACCCUUUUAGCUGAGCAGUCGGAUUUGUCGCGUCACCUGGAUGGAACUUUAGCUGCUAUGUGAUCCAAUAUCUACAUUCCGCUGCUGUUGAAUAAGUGGAAUUGAUCAAAUUCCUUGACAUGUACACCGGUGGGAGCACAAUGUCUCAGGGGCAUGGCGCCGUUGUUUCAAAUCUCAAAGACAUUCUUAACAAACGAUUUGCACAGAGUCAAAGCCAGCAGGAAGGGUCGAGCGAGCAUCAUCGUAUCAAAGAAGGCGAGGAACCUGAACGAUCGCCAGUGCAUCAAGGCAAAAAAUUCGUCGUCGAAAGGAAGAAAAGCAUGGACAGUAGCCUUCCAGUCGUGCUGAUCACUAAUGAUGAUGGUAUAAGAGCUCCGGGACUGCAAGCUCUUGUGGCUGCUCUAAUUGACGGAGGACGCUGCCAAGUUCACGUCUGCGCGCCCGAUUCGGAGAGGUCGGCCUCUGGUCACAGCAUUACCACACGAGAGAAUAUUGUUGCGGAGUCCGUUGAUAUCGAUGGUGCAAUUGCCUUUCAAGUUUCAGGUACACCAGCUGAUUGUGUAUCUUUGGGCCUAUCAGGAACGCUGUUUUCCUGGUCUCGACCAGCCUUGGUGGUCAGUGGAAUUAACAAAGGUUCCAACUGUGGAUUGCACAUUGUAUACUCCGGAACAGUUGCUGGUGCUAGAGAGGCAUUCAUGAGUGGAGUACCGGCUAUCGCUCUCUCUUUAAAAUGGGUCCGGGGAGAAAGCAAGGAAGCCGAUUACACCGCUGCAGCAGAAGCCUCUUUGCCUCUGAUCUAUGGAGCAUUACGCGAUAUUGAGCUGGACGUCUACCCCAAAGAUUGCUACUUCAACGUCGAUAUACCCACUCAUCCCGCACAAAACAAGGGGUUCAAAGUGACAAGGCCAGGAAAUUCUCGCAUUGCAUGCUCGUGGCGACCUGUCACAAAUCAAAGAAGAAUAAGCAUGGUGAAAGACUCUGGCAUCGGCAUUCAACUUGCGCAACUCGGUCUUGCAGCUUCUGCAGCCGGAGCAAGGCGUCAAAACUCGAUCACACGUAGUGCACCUGUUGAAUUCGAGUCAACAGGAGUGGCUCCACCAAAUGGAGUGAAUGCUGGUGCUGGCUAUCAAAAGCUGCAUUUUCGGUUCGAGUAUGCAGAAGAUGUUGUGGCAGAACCAGGCUUGGACUUUGACGCCGGAGCUGUGGAAGAAGGCUAUAUAUCUGUGACACCACUGAAAGUGAUGACCUCCGUAGAAGAUCAAACACAGGAAUCUGUCGCUUCCUGGUUAUCAUCGGCUGUCGCUGUACCUUCGGCGUUGUAAAGGUGUGGAAAGGAUUUGUUAGAGUAAUUACUGUAAGAAGGAUUUUGGUAAAAUCUGUUGCAGACUUCGGUUAGUCCAUGGUGAAGAUACGAAUUUUUUCACGAGUAGCAAGGGCGAUGACAGACUUGAAUUGGUUGACCUAGGAUAAAUUUUUACACUGGAAGCUGUGGAUUUGAUUGAGAUGGUGCGCGCAAGAAAGAGUACAUCAUCUCUCUAGGUCAUGAAAUUAGAUGAAAAGUGAUGUGUGGUAUUAGUGGGUGAAGAAGUGGGUUUUUCCACUUUUAGUUUUCCAUGUCUUUAAAAUCUGGUCAAGUGGGUGAAUCUAGACACCCUCUAGAAACACAUUUCAGUUUUUCCUGCCGUCAAGUAGUAGUAGUAGUUCAGUCAGUCACAUGUAUCAUUCCCAUGUUUACUUCUUCAAUGUAAGAUUUCAAGAACUAAUUGAAAUACAUGAAGCAUUACACUUCCUCUG